AUAUUGCAUUUUCGUGUUUUGACUAUGUAUCGAAUUCCCCUUUUUCUUAGGGCGGGAAGAUGAAAAUUUCUCCUGUCAUAUUUCUCUGUGGAAUUUAGGGCUUGUAAAUUCAUUUGAAACUUUUUUUUAUGUCCGUCAAAUUCAAAUUUGUUCUUACUUAUUUUAUCCGACUUUGGAAACUAGUCGGGAAGAACUGAAGAAUCAGUGAAGAAAAAUACUGAAAAAAUGACUCUUCGGAAGGGUUCGAAAGUGUGGGUGGAAGACAAAGACUUGGCUUGGAUUGAAGCCGAGGUUAUUGAUUUCACCGGUAAACAUGCUAAAGUCCUCACUUCAUCCGGCAAAAAGGUCUUGGCACUGCCAGAUAAAUUGCAGCCAUGUGAUGGGGAAGCGGAACUUGGAGGAGUGGAUGAUAUGACCAAAUUGACCUAUUUGAAUGAGCCUGGUGUUCUUGACAAUCUUCGGAGAAGAUAUGCGCUUAAUGAAAUAUAUACAUACACAGGAAGUAUUUUGAUUGCAGUUAACCCAUUUACGAAGCUUCCUCAUCUAUAUAAUAUGUACAUGAUGGAGCAGUAUAAGGGGGCUCCUUUUGGUGAACUGAGUCCCCAUGUCUUUGCUGUGGCUGAUGCAUCUUACAGAGCAAUGAUGAGUGAGAGAUGUAGUCAGUCUAUUCUGGUUAGUGGAGAAAGUGGGGCUGGAAAAACAGAGACGACAAAGUUGAUAAUGCAAUACCUCACUUAUGUUGGUGGUCGUGCUGCCAGUGAUGACAGAACAGUUGAACAACAAGUUCUGGAGUCAAACCCACUUUUGGAGGCAUUUGGCAAUGCGAGAACUGUUAGGAAUGAUAAUUCAAGUCGUUUUGGCAAGUUCGUCGAGAUCCAGUUUGAUUCAAAUGGUAGAAUUUCAGGUGCUGCAAUCAGAACGUACCUUCUAGAGCGAUCUCGCGUUGUUCAAAUAACAGACCCUGAAAGAAAUUACCACAUUUUCUAUCAGUUGUGUGCAUCUGGCAUGGACGCAGAGGCAUACAAGUUAGGUCAUCCCAGCAACUUCCAUUACUUGAAUCAGAGUAAGACUUAUGAGUUAGAUGGAGUGAGCAAUGCAGAAGAAUAUGUGAAGACAAGAAGGGCAAUGGAUAUUGUGGGAAUUAGUGACGACGAACAGGAGGCAAUAUUUCGAACGUUGGCUGGUAUCUUACAUCUUGGAAAUUUAGAGUUUUCUCCUGGCAAAGAGCAUGAUUCCUCUGUUAUCAAGGAUGAUAAGUCUAAUUUUCAUUUGCAGAUGGCUGCCAAUCUCUUUAGGUGUGAUGUUAAUCUCCUUUUAGCCACACUUACAACACGCUCAAUUCAAACUCGUGAGGGGAUAAUUGUCAAAGCUCUGGACUCUAGUGCUGCUGUCUCUGGUCGGGAUGCUUUGGCUAAGACUGUUUAUGCUAAGCUGUUUGACUGGCUUGUUGAAAAGAUAAACAGAUCUGUCGGACAAGACCAUGAUUCUAAGAUACAAAUUGGAGUACUAGACAUCUAUGGAUUUGAAUGCUUUAAGUUGAAUAGCUUUGAGCAAUUCUGCAUCAAUUUUGCGAACGAGAAGCUCCAACAACACUUUAAUGAGCAUGUGUUUAAGAUGGAGCAAGAGGAAUAUCAAAGAGAACAAAUCAAUUGGAGCUAUAUUGAAUUUAUUGACAAUCAAGAUGUUUUGGAUUUGAUAGAGAAGAAACCAAUAGGAAUAAUUGGUCUUUUAGACGAAGCCUGCAUGUUUCCAAAAUCAACACACGAAACAUUUUCGAACAAGCUAUUCCAGAAUUUUCGCUCCCACCAACGAUUAGAAAAAGCCAAGUUUUCUGAAACAGAUUUUACUAUUGCUCACUAUGCUGGCAAGGUGAACUAUCAGACGGAGAAAUUUUUAGACAAAAAUCGUGAUUAUAUUGUGGUUGAGCAUUGCAAUUUAUUGGCCUCUUCCGGAUGCCCUUUUGUAGCAGGCCUCUUUCCACCGUUGCCUGAAGAAUCAUCUCGAUCAUCAUACAAGUUUUCAUCAGUGGCGUCUCGGUUUAAGCAACAACUUCAAUCUCUUAUGGAAACCCUCAGCUCAACGGAGCCUCACUAUGUUAGAUGUGUGAAGCCAAACUCACUGAAUAGGCCUCACAGAUUCGAGAAUGCGAGCAUCAUACACCAAUUGCGUUGUGGGGGUGUUUUAGAAGCUAUUCGCAUAAGUCUAGCAGGCUACCCCACGAGGAAGACUUACCAUGAGUUUGUUGACAGAUUUGGAAUAAUUUCCUUGGACAUUAUGGAUGCAAGUUAUGAUGAUAAAACCAUGACUGAGAAAAUACUGCAGAGAUUAAAGCUUGGGAAUUAUCAGUUGGGAAAGACCAAAGUUUUCCUUCGGGCCGGUCAGAUUGGUAUAUUAGACUCACGCCGAGCUGAGGUUUUGGAUUCCGCAGCCAGGCGAAUUCAGGGUCGUCUGCGUACAUUUGUUGCCCGUAGGGAUUUUGUUAGAAGGCGUGUUGCUGCAAUUUCUCUACAAGCAUCUUGUAGAGGCUAUCUUGCUCGAGAUAUAUUCACUGUAAUGCGUGAUACAGCUGCUGCCAUUGUAAUUCAGAAAUAUACUCGAUGCUGGUUUCUUAGGCAUUCUUAUAUGCAACUCCGUCUGGCUUCGGUACUCCUACAAUCUUGUAUUCGUGGUUUCUCAACUCGCCGGAUCUUUUUGUAUAUAAAGAAAGACAGGGCUGCCACUCUUAUCCAGGCUCAUUGGAGGAUGUUCAAGGUCCGCUCUAUCUAUCGUAAUCGUCAACAUAAUAUUAUUGCAAUACAAUGUCUGUGGAGGCAAAAGUUGGCAAAAAGAGAACUUAGGAAGCUUAAGAAGGAGGCUAAUGAGACAGGCGCGUUGCGUUUAGCAAAAACCAAGCUUGAGAAACAGCUGGAGGAUCUUACUUGGCGACUGCAUCUGGAGAAAAAAAUACGGGUGUCUAAUGACGAGGCUAAAUCAGUUGAAGUCUCAAAACUUCAAAAGUCUGUGGAGUCUCUGAAAUUGGAACUAGAUGCAGCUAAACUUGCAACUCUCAAUGAGUUUAAUAAGAACAUGGUGCUAGAAAGACAGCUUGAAUUAUCAACCAAGGACAAAUCUGCAUCGGAAAGAGAAGUUAUCUCUUUGACUGAACUAAGGAAUGAAAAUGCAGUCCUGAAGAGUUCUCUCAAAGCAUUAGAAGUGAAAAACUCGAUGCUGGAGUGCGAACUUGCCCAAUCUAAGGAAGAUUCAAGUAGUACUAUUGCAAAAUUGCGGGAAGUUGAAAAACAUUGUUUGCAGUUCCAACUAAAUUUGCGAAGUAUGGAAGAGAAGUUGAAGAAUCUAGAGAAUGAGAAUCUUAUCAUGCGCCAGAAGACACUGAAUGUCUCUCCGAAGAGCAACAGAGCAGGAUUUGUUAAACCCUUCCCUGAUCCGAAGUUCUCUGGUGCACUUGUUCUUUCUUCUGCUGAUGAGAAAUCUUAUGAAUCUCCUACACCAUCCAAAUUCAUUGCAUCUCUAUCAAAAGGCUUUUCCGAUUCCCGCAGAACAAAGUCAGGGAUGGAAAAGAAUCAGGGAAACUUAGAAAUCCUUUCACGCUGCAUCAAAGAGAAUUUGGGCUUCAAAGAUGGCAAACCGAUAGCUGCAUGUGUCGUCUACAAAUGUCUUCUUCACUGGCAUGCCUUUGAAUCUGAGAGGACAGCUGUUUUUGACUUCAUCAUUGAGAGCAUUAAUGAUGUUUUGAAGGAGGGUGACGAGGAUGCUUCUUUGCCUUAUUGGUUAUCUAACACAUCUGCACUUCUAUGCCUUCUUCAAAGAAACAUGCGGUCCAAUGGGUUCCUAACUGCUGGUUCGCAGCGUUCUGCAGGGUCUACAGGGAUGAACGGGAGGCUUGCGCAAGGCCCAAAACAGACUUUCAAAUAUCUUGGAAUGGAUGAGGGUUUAUCACACAAGGAAUCUAAAUAUCCGGCUCUAUUGUUCAAACAACAGUUGACUGCUUGUGUAGAGAAGAUUUUUGGUUUGAUCCGGGAUAAUCUCAAGAAAGAAAUAUCUUCGUUAUUGGGACAAUGCAUUCAGGCACCAAAAUUGCAACGAGUUCAUGGUGGGAAGUCGUCUAGAUCGCCUGUUGGUGUUCCUCAGCAAUCACCAAGUAGUGAGUGGGAUAGCAUUAUUAAAUUCCUGGAUUCGCUAAUGAGUCGUUUACGGGGAAACCAUGUUCCUUCAUUUUUCAUCAGGAAGCUCACCACGCAGGUUUUCUCCUUCAUCAAUAUACAAUUGUUUAACAGUCUUCUGCUUCGACGUGAAUGCUGCACAUUUUCGAACGGUGAAUAUGUCAAAUCUGGUCUUGCUGAAUUAGAAAAAUGGAUAGUCAAUGCAACGGAGGAGUUUGCAGGUACCUCUUGGCAUGAGCUAAAUUAUAUUCGACAAGCUGUUGGAUUUCUGGUAAUACAUCAAAAGAGGAAGAAAUCUUUAGAAGAGAUAAGACAGGAUCUCUGUCCGAAAUUGACUGUAAGACAAAUCUAUCGAAUCAGCACAAUGUACUGGGAUGAUAAGUACGGGACUCAGAGUGUGUCAAAUGAGGUUGUGUCUCAGAUGAGGGAGAUUGUAAACAAGGAUUCGCAGAAUUUGUCCUCAACAAAUUCAUUCUUAUUGGACGAUGACCUAAGCAUCCCGUUCUCCACGGAAGAUGUAUAUAUGGCAAUCCCUCCAAUUGAACCUUCUGAUAUCGAACCUCCAAAGUUCCUUUCUGAAUAUCCUUCUGCACAACUACUGCUCCAGAAUCCGAAUUGAAUGAUCCACCACCUUUGACUGCAUAGCUGUACAUCACAUAGGUUUUUAGAGGGCUGAUUGAUUUUGUUUGAAGAUAUAAAGCAUUAGUCUUUGUUCUCCGUUUGGAUGGAAAGUUGGAUCAGCUGAAUGAAGGAUUAUAACCGAACAACAGUCCAUCUGCAAAGUUGCGACUUUGUAAUCCAGGAUUGAUGGAAAAAGGUAGUGAUGUAAUACAGUUCCAUUAGCUGAUAUGUUAUAGGUCACACGCAGAUUAGGCAACGUUUUAGAAUGCGAUGGGGUUGUAACAGGGAUAAGGUAGCAAAUUUACUCAAAAGCCUUGUACAUUGUUCGUCUUGUUGUAAAUGCGGUAUUAUGCUGUAUCCUUGUCGUUUUUCUUCUCCCCCUUUACCCAUGUCACCUUUUCUACUCGAGAUGGUUUGAUUUGGGUGGUUGAAAUGAACAUUUUUUCUCCUCCGUAAUUCCAUUCGGAUUGAUGCUCA